AUGGAUCCACGCCUUCCAUACCACCAGAGACCAAAGCCGGCCCUCGUCGACGAGGUGAACAUCGACGAAUCGCGUCCGGAAAGGUGCGUUGGCAUCGGUGGCGACCUCGACGAUGUGAUAAAAGAGCAACUGGUCACAUUGCUCAAACAGAACGUGCACCUUUUCGCAUGGUCAAUGGCAGAUAUGAAAGGGAUCGACCCGGCAAUCACAUCCCACGAGCUAAACGUGGACUCUACCUACAAACCCAUGAGACAGAAAAGACGCAAGCUCGGCGCCGAUAAAGCUCAAGCAGUCAAUGAAGAAGUGGAAAAGCUACUUAGAGCCGGAUCGAUCACUGAAGUAAAAUACCCCGAAUGGCUAGCAAAUCCAGUCGUCGUCAAAAAGAAAAACGGAAAGUGGAGAGUCUGCGUCGAUUUCACAGACCUGAAUAAAGCAUGCCCAAAGGAUAGCUUCCCUUUACCGCAUAUCGAUCGCCUCGUCGAGGCCACGGCAGGGAAUGAAUUACUAUCCUUCAUGGACGCCUUUUCAGGAUACAAUCAGAUCUUCAUGCAUCCCGAUGAUCGCGAGAAGACGGCAUUCAUUACCGAUCGUGGCACCUAUUGCUAUAAAGUGAUGCCCUUCGGCCUGAAGAACGCCGGCGCCACUUAUCAACGAUUAGUGAACAAAAUGUUCGCGGACCAGCUCGGUAGAAGCAUGGAAGUCUAUAUCGACGACAUGCUAGUCAAAUCUGCCAAGGCGCACGAUCACGUCAAGCACCUCAGCGAAUGUUUCCGAAUCUUAGAGAAGUACGGGAUGAAGCUGAACCCCGCAAAAUGCACAUUCGCCGUUACCUCGGGAGAAUUCCUCGGUAUGUUGUGA